UCUACUGAAUAAAAAUAUACUAGUAACAAAGAACCAUAACAUUACUAGCAUCAAUGGAGGAGAUUGACAGAGAAGCAACAAAAAAUGAAAUAAACUAUAGAGGAAUCAGAGCCAUGCCCUUUGUCAUAGGGAAUGAAACAUUUGAGAAGUUGGGAACAAUUGGAAGCUCAUCAAAUCUCUUGGUUUACUUGACAAGUGUUUUCCAUUUGAAGACCAUAACAGCUACUAAUAUUGUCAACAUCUUCAAUGGCACUUGCAACUUUGGCACCUUGCUUGGAGCUUUUCUAUCUGAUACUUACUUUGGUCGUUACAACAUCCUUGGAUUUGCCUCAGUGUCUUCCUUCUUGGGAAUGCUAGUUCUGACAUUAACAGCAGCAGUCUCGAAGCUUCAUCCACCUAUAUGUGGAAACCAAGAACCUGCACCAGUAUGUGUUGGUCCAACACCAGGACAAAUGACAUUUUUACUAGUAAGCUUUUGUUUGCUAGUAAUUGGUGCUUCUGGCAUAAGGCCAUGUAACUUAGCAUUUGGAGCUGAUCAAUUUGAUCCCAAAAGUGAAUCAGGAAGAAGAGGAAUCAGUAGCUUCUUCAAUUGGUACUAUUUCACUUACACAUUUGCUGUUAUGGUCUCAUUGACUGUCAUUGUGUAUGUUCAAACAAGUGUCAGUUGGUCAUUGGGAUUAGCAAUCCCAACAAUUAUGAUGUUCCUUUCUUGUGCACUUUUCUUUGUGGGUACUAAAAUUUAUGUCAGGCAUGUGCCAAAAGGUAGUCCUUUAUCAAGUGUGGCACAGGUCUUAGUGGCUGCAUUCAAGAAAAGGCACUUGCAGCUGCCAGAGCAACCAUGUUACUCCCUAUUCAACUAUGUGCCUUCCAAUUCCUUGAGUUCUUUGCUUCCUUACACUGAUCAGUUUAGGAAAUUCCACUUGCCAGCAUCAAAGUUACGAGUUAAUUUUGCGUAAAUUGACCCUCAAAGUUAGAUAAAUUACUGACUAACUAAAAGGGCUU